GGGGUCAGGGUAAUCUACUGAUAAUGGCCCCCAAGAUAAACUGGGUACCCUAUUAUGUAAGAGGUAAAUUGAUAGCAGAAUUUCUUUCUUUUCUUUCCCCAUUGAGUUGGUUAUCCUGUUUGUGUGCCUGUCUGCUAAAACAUUUAUUGUUCUAUUCUAGUCUUGGAUACCAGUUGUUUGGAGGAGUUCCGAGGUGUAUUUUUUUGCAACUCCCUGAUAUCAGUGAUGUAAAUUUCUAAUUCUCUACAUGGGUUGCAAGUCCACCGUCUCAUCCCCCGCUCCCGAAGAAGCCAUCCCUUGCCCCGAAGCCUAAAGGACUUGCUGUAACAUCACCAAGGAACACACUCAUCGAAGGAGAUAGCAUCGAGAGCAUCACCAGUACCUCCUCCUCAGAUACCAUAACCAAUGAUGAUUCCUCUCCGGUGACACCACAGAUACAGACCAGCAACCCCGAGGCUUCCAAACCCAAAGGUAGUCCAAGCAGACCAACUCCGAGGCCACGGAAGACUAUCAAAGCUAAUGGCACUCCAGGUGAGGUGGCACCAAGUCCCAGGCCUCGAGUGCUGCCGAAGCGCAACAUCCCUCAACAAGAAUCGGACCGAUCUCAACCUGCAGAAGAAUUAUCGUCAUCCACAUUACCCAAUGGCAAUGAGUGUAAUGUGGUCACAAAUGGUACCACAUCAAGUCCUCGCGAGAGACCAAAUGUACCUGUCAGGAGAUUGACCUUGGGUUCAUCUGACCUCACUCCUAAAGUGUGCCCACGAACGUCUCCUAAAUGGUCUCCUGUGCGAGCUCCAUUGCACCGCUCCAGUUCUUCCAUGUCAGACUAUUCUGCAUCUUCCAGCUCAGUUACAGAUGGAGAAUCAGACACACAGCAAAGUUUUGUAUCAUCAGACACCAAAGGCGCUGAGCAAAAUGAUUCAUCAACAGGCACCAAGAUAGAAACAGAGAACAGAGAUGCAAACACCAGUGUCCCUACACAUCGACCAAAGCCACACAUAAGUCCCAAGAAACCUAGUCUUGCUAUGCUGUCAAAGAGAAACACUAUGUGUUCCAUUGAUAGCGCUAGUUUUGAUAAAGAUAAUGAAAAGCUACCUUCUGAGAAUGGAAAGAAAGCAACACCUCAGCGCCCAACGUUUCCACCUAAGAAACUUUCUGUUAUACCUGUUCCACAGGGCUCUCCUUCCAAACCAACUGUGAAAUCCAAACCCCCAGCGCAGCAAAGCACCGAAGUACCUAAGGAGGACCCUCCACAAAGAAAUAGCAAUAAAUCAGAAGAGCUUUCGGAAGUUGUGCCUUCUAGUGGUGAGCCAUCCAACAACAACAAGGAUAUUACUGAGAAACAUAGUACUCUUAAAUCAACAACUUAUGAGCCAACCUCUCCAGUUUCUUCAGGAACUAAGAUUAAUCAGCCUGUAGAGGAGCCUAAAGCUCCUCCUAUCCUUCCAAGGAAAACAAUCCCUCGCAAUCCUAUAGCGCCACCAAGACGUGCUAAGAGUAUGUCCGAGAGUGAUCCAAACUGUGAGUUGAAUACUGAUGUGAUAAGAAGUGAUGAGAGCAACAUAGAGACAUCUUGCCAACAGAAGUCACUGGAGAGACAUACAAAACUUCAAAGUGAAGGAGAAAAAAGGAAUGGUGGCAAAAUUGGAGAUAGUUCAGACAAUAGUAACAAUGAAAGGAGUACAUUCAAGAGAAAUAGGAGAGCUGUGAAGUCUUGUGAUCAACUAGCUUUUGAUAGCAUGAAAUCACCCAAGGAUAAGCGAAAGGUAUCUAACGGUGAGGUUCAACAAAAACCAAAGCCACCACGGCCUCCUCCACCAAGUAAACCUCAAGGGUUGAUUCAUCAAGCAUCGCUGCAGAGCCCACCUCCAAGACCAAAACCAAUCAGAGCCAAAACCAUUGAUAUGACUUCACAGGCAAAGGAAAAAGUCAAAACAGAAUCAAGUAGAACGAGCAAACAAAAUUCACCAAUCAGGGGCAAAAAACUCAACCAGGUUACUUGUAGUUCUGACAAUGAGAACCCUGAUACCUCAGAUUGGGAAUUUAUUGACCUAACGCCCCAGCAAAAGCAGCAGAUUGAUGAAAAGGGAAGAGAAAAAAUUGUUACCAGUGAAUCGUGCGAAGAGAUGGCAAAUCAUAAGCCAAAGAAUGAUGAUGAACCAGAGCAUAAGGACAGACUGACCCCAUCAAAGACAUCCACCAAUGAACAGCCAAAAAAAGUAGUGUCUAAGAGUGAAGAGACCUUGAUAGCAAAAGAAUCUGAACCAGAAACCGAAAAGCAGCCGCCAGGUGCGGCAGUGUCCCAGCUGAAGCUUAGAAAGGCACAACCUCCCAUACCAGCUCAGAGAAAUUCUAUAGAAGGAAGCCCUGUCCACAAACCAUCCUCUACCUCUGUCCUUGAAGAAAGGGAUGGCACUUCCAGCAAUCGCAACUCACAGGAGAUCAGUGGACGUCCUUUGAGCCAAGGAAGUCCUGUCAAUGGGCGUUCACCUCACUCCUCUCCAAAGAAGACCUUGAAAGACAGGGGAAGGGGUUCCUCCCCAAAACGACCUAGUUGCGCUCCUCCUCCUCCUCCCCCUGGUGCACCUCAACCAAAUGUUGCAACACCACGUGCACAGUCGCCAUCUCCAAAAAUAGCACCAGUCCAGCCAAAGUCUCCAGCUCCUGCAGAACCUUCUCCAACCCCAAAGCCAAAAAGACCAGCUCCACCAAGACCGAUGGCUCUCCCAACCAAAACAUCCUCAAAUAGCCGUAGUAAUUCACCAAAGCCUGCUCUACCCCAAAAUAAUGAUGAUGGGGAGGAGGACCUAACCAACAUCUACACUGAAGCAAAUGCUCCGAACAGGGAAGACGGUGAAGACUCGGAUACAUCCAGUAGAGACCAUGACUAUGAACUCAUUCCAGAUCCCAGAAGGGCCACACUUACCAGAAACACAGAGCCAACUUCAAGCAGCGAUGGAGAGACAAGAAAAGACAGCUCAAAUCGAGCAAGCGGGUACAUUGAUGAUGGGCUUUACUUAGAACCCAACCAAAGAGGAGAAGAAGAGGAACUGUUUGAAAAUGAGUAUGUGUAUCCAGAAUUUAUGCCUGCAAAUAACAUUCCAGUCUCACCCCCUACACCCCUCCUAAUCCUGAACUAGACCUUGUAUUUACCCCAG